AUGAAUGCCUGGAAUCAUACAACUGAACUUGACUUUAUCCUUAUGGGAUUGACAGAUUCCAAGGAGAUCCAGCUGGCCCUCUCUGUGCUGUUUCUGCUGAUAUACCUGGCCACUGUACUGGGGAACGUAGGCAUGAUACUGAUCAUUCGUCUAGACGUCCAGCUUCAAACUCCAAUGUAUUCCUUCCUCACCCAUCUGUCAUUCCUUGACCUCAGUUACUCAACUGUCAUCACACCUAAAACCUUAGAGAACCUGCUGACUUCCAUAAAGAAUAUUUCCUUUAUCGGCUGCUUCAUUCAAUUGUACUUUUUUAUCUUCUUGGCAGCUGCAGAAUGCUUCAUACUCUCCUCAAUGGCCUAUGACCGCUAUGUAGCUAUCUGCAACCCCCUUCACUAUCCAGUGAUUAUGUCCACACGGCGCUCUCAUGCUCUCAUCACUGGGUCUUACAUGAUUGGGGCUAUGGAUUCCUCUGUCACUGUCUUUUGCUUAAGCACAUUGAAUUUCUGCAACUCCAAGGUAAUCCAUCAUUUUUUUUGUGACACAUUCCCAAUUUUAGCACUGUCAUGCAGUGAUACCUAUGAUGCUGAAGCCACCAUAUUCAUUUUAGCUGGUUCUACUCUACUGCUAUCCCUUAUCACAAUAUCCUCAUCUUAUGCGCCCAUUCUCUCUACAAUUUUAAAGAUAAAUUCCUCUUCAGGUAAGCACAAAGCCUUUUCCACUUGUGCCUCUCAUCUCCUGGGAGUCACUGUCUUUUACGGAGCUAUGAUCUUUACUUAUAUGAAACCAAGUAAGUCCUACUCCCUGGGAAAGGAUCAAGUGGCUUCGGUUUUCUAUACUAUUGUGAUCCCCAUGCUGAACCCACUCAUUUAUAGUCUCAGAAACAAAGAAGUGAAAAGCGCUGUGAUUAGAGUUGUGAAAAAGAGAGGGAGAGCACCCAGAAAUUAA